AUGGCUCAAGAAUUAUUUGCAUCGACUGUAGCGUCUGUGUAUUUACAGAACUUAUUUUCCACUCUACAUAACAAGAAACAUGAUAAACCCUCUGAAAUUUUGAGAGACACAUUUGGUUUCUCACUGAAAAGACAGGAAAGUUCCAUUCCCGAGACUGGUAUUGGUGUAUAUUUAUAUGGGAAGGCUAAGGAAGGAGAUAUAGUUUCUAUGUAUCCUGGUACAAUUUAUUUCUCGGGUGAUCCAAUGUUUCUGGUGUCUCUUAAGAAUAGCUAUAUAUUAAAAUGUAACAAUGGUUUCUUUUUUGAUGGCAAACCAUAUGGAUUGUCUAAACAUAUAUUCAAAUCGUUAUACAAGCGGAUAAAUUAUCCUGGUGUACUUCCUACAUGUGACAUAUCAUGGCUUGAGAGAAAUGAUGAAGACUUAAAGAAUCCACUUGCGAUUGGUCAAUUUGUGAAUAAUGGCACUCCUAUAUACAAGGCAAAUGUGAGAUAUCAAGAACUUGAAAUCGACUCACUACCUAUAUCGCUUUGGAAAUAUAUACCAAAUAUCCAUUAUGCUAGCAAUGAAAGCAUUACAAAGGCCAAAAAGGUAGUUGUUCUUGUUGCAACUAGAGAUAUCAAAGAUGAAGAACUUUUUUCUACUUAUAUUGAU